CAGGGGAGGACUGACCAUUUGGAAACUCGGGGCACUGCUCGAGGGCCUGGGGUCAGUAGUGGGCCCCAUGAGAUGCCACUGGUACCUUUUCAUAGGCUUUUUGGAGUUUGGGCAAGGACACAGGGGCCCCAUGAUCCCCUAUUGCCCGGGGGCCCCAUGAGUUGUCAGUCCGCCCCUGAAUGAAAGUGGAAGAAAAUCCCAACUUUGGGGCUCUCACCAGAACAGGAAGAGAGGGGAAAUCUUUCAAUGGGGACACUAGUUUUGGUGACAACCACAGAUUCUCUCACUUUGGAGGGAUGUCCCCUCACUUCUUGAUUUCGAUAUCAGACAGGAAGUGAAGUGAAAUAUUCACAGAUGAUGAAAAAU